CCACUACGUUUUCCGAGUCCGCAUCGCCGUCUUGCCGAUAUCGCCACAAUAAACUAAACUAGUGAUGAUCAUGCACCUCAUCUCGAUUCAGAUUUUUCUACAUCUAUGAUUUUGUUCGUUUUUCGAAUGAUUUCGUAAAAUUAUGGUUUGUUAAUUGAUUGAUUAUUGUUGUUUGAUGUAAAACGCCUUCAUUUUUCACUGCGUGUGCAUUAUUGUUUGGUAACCAGUUUUGAGUUGUUUUGGUGUAAAUGAGACCACAUCAAAAUAAAAAUGGCAUGGGCUCCAACGAUACCAGUAAACAACACGUUUGCGUCUUUGUGUGUGAGAAACGGAGAUACAUUUACAGUAAACGAGGACUGUUUAGCUAUUUUAGAAGAAAUUUUAAGAAACCUUGCCUCAGAAGAUUGUACACUGCGCACAUUUCGGCGUGCCAUAGGAUUUGGCCAGAACAUCAGAAAAGAUCUCAUCCCCCUUCUGUUGUACGUUAAGGAUGACACGAAGAUCACCGACGCCACCAAGAUCAUCGACACCACAAUUAAAAUAUUAGUCAACCUGACCAUCCCAGUGGAAUACCUCCUCUCCAUUGAACGGAUGUCCAGAACGGACGUUGGCAAGCACACAAUUUUCGAAUUGAACAAACUUUUGACAACCAGCAAGGAAGCGUUCAUUGAUAGCAGAAGCACCAAAGCUGUGGUCGACCACAUGAAGUACGUCGUCGAAAAAUACUCGAAAAUGAGCCUGGAACAAUGCGACAGCAUCAACAAUUGUCUAUUGUUGCUAAGAAACAUCCUCCACGUCCCAGAAACUAAAACGACCAUCUCCAACUGUCCUCUGGCGCACAGCAGCAUGCAAAAUCAGAUUAUUUGGAAUCUGUUCACUCAAAGCAUCGACAAAAUUAUCAUAUACUUGAUGUCUUGCCCUCAAAAAAUGUAUUGGGGGGUGACAAUGGUUCAAUUAAUUGCCCUAAUGUAUAAAGAUCAACACGUGGGGACUUUACAGAAGCUUCUCAACCUUUGGCUCGAAGCUUCCUUUAGUGAAAGUUCCGAGGACAACGAGAGCAACACCUCACCGCCAGACCAAAACAGUGGCGACUCAUCCCCAGUCAUAACUUCCGACCCCACCUCCGACUCCAGCGAUAAUGGAGGAAGUGACAGGAAUAAAAACGUUAACAAUUGCAACAAUUCGGACAGGAACAAAAAUAGUACCACCGAAGUAGUUCGGGCUGCUCAAACCAGAAGCAAAGCCUUAGUGGGAAUGAAAAGGGUUAAAUCCACCGAAACUGAAACCAGCACAAGCAGUGGCAUUUCCAGUAUGGGCCAAAGCACUGAUUCAAUAACCUCCACUAAGUCUUCUACUGGAAGUGAUAAACAAGAAUCACUGCCGACUUCUCAACAGUCUCCCUCUUCGAAUGUCUCCCAAAUGACCGGGGGUAAAAAAAGGGAGUGUCCGUCAUCACAGAGUGAAGUUUCCGACUGUGGCUACGUGACUCAGGUUGAGAAUCAAGAGUCUAUAUCCACUUCCAGCAACGAUGACGACCAGCCGCACCAGAAACCAGUCCAUCAGAAGCCGCACACUUUUCAGAAGUCUAGGUACAACACCAACAAAACUAGAGCCACCACUGCCUUGGAAAAAAAGGAGUUGAGACGCAAAAAGUUAGUAAAAAGAAGUAAAACCAACAGAAUCAAUAUAAAGGGUUUAAUGCACCACCUUCCAACUGACGAAGACAUAGCCAAUAUCUUAAAGGAAUUCACUGUCGACUUUUUACUGAAAGGCUAUGGGACUCUGGUGCAAGACCUACACUCGCAGUUGUUGACCAACAUUCACAUGCAAAUUGACACGUCACAUUUCUUCUGGUUGGUCACCUACUUUUUGAAGUUUGCAACUCAAUUAGAGCUAGAUCCAGAGCAUAUCAGUCCAGUGUUGUCUUUUGAAAUAUUGUCCUAUUUGGUAUUUCAAGGAGUCUGGGUUUAUGAAGAGUUGGAGAUCAGCUGUAGGAUCCCAGACAUUGACUUGAAGCCUUGCCUUAGAAGACUUCAUUUGGUGGUUACGGCCAUCAGGGAGUUCCUACAAGGGGUGGAGACUUAUUUAAAAAUGAUUCACUUGAGCGACGACGACAGGAAUAAUUUAUUGAAGUUACAGCUGCAUAUAAGUGAGACGGAAGAUCUGAGGUCUUUGUUUGUCCUACUUUUAAGACAAUACAACCCAAAUCUCCAAAGCAAACAGUACCUUCAAGACUUAAUACUGACAAACCACAAUUAUUUGCUAUUUUUAGAUAAUACGUCUAAAAAUAUGAACAAAGAGUUCAACAUAAUGGAGCAUCUAAAACAGUUUGCAACUGUGGAGAUUAUGAGACAGUAUGGAUUAUUGUUGGAGGAUUUCGAACAAAAUGGCGAAUUUGUUAAUAAUUGUAUUUUUACAAUGAUGCAUCACAUUGGAGGGGACCUAAAGCAUGUGGCGACUCUAUUUCAGCCCAGCAUUUUAAAGACAUUUUCUCAAAUUUGGGAAACUGAUUACGAAAUUUGUGAUGAUUGGUCUGACUUAAUUGAGUAUGUAAUACACAAAUUCAUUAACACACCAAGGACACGCUGCUCUGAAAUGACCUCGCCUGCCAUACCGGAAAAUCCGGAACAACUGGAGGAUCCUGAGUCUUCUUCGGAGAACGAUAAAACUGAGUGGACACUCGAAGAGAAGGAGAACUUGUUGAGCUACUACAAUCAAAGUCGUGACUCGCAAGACACCAUUGCAAACAUUACUAAAAAGUACGAAGAAUACGGGACAAAGCAUAAAACGCAGCUCUCAAUAAUCCGGGAACUGUUGGAGCAAAAUAUAAUUAAUGAAAGCGAAUACAAUGAUUUUAUAAAAGUAAAGUACCCCGAGAACUAUUUCGAAACUCCCCAAGAGGAGGAGAUUUUAAUGAGUAAUGAUGAGACGAACUGCGAGGAACAUUUGGUGGACGGUGACAUAAAAGUGUUAAAAGAGUACUUGAAUAAAGAAAACAAGGGACGAUUUGUGCUUUGGUUACAAAAGAAUCUCAUAGAAGCUUGUUAUGUUAAAUUAGUCUUAUCUAAUCCGGAGCUUAAUAGCAGUGCUAUGGAGCCUUGCGUUUAUUACUACGCCCUUUUAAAUUUGCCAAUCCCAGUGAUUCCUUGGUCAACUGAACAGACUAACAUUUUUAAACACCAACCCUUUGUGCUCCUAUUGCACAAACUUGGAUUUUAUUUACCGGUGGACACGGGGAAGAUUUUUGUCAGGAUCCCCAACUUCUGGAACGCUGAAUACAUUUUCAGCAUAGCACAACAGUUGGGCCCCAUCGAUCCAGCUAAGCUCAAAUUCGACGUGUCCAUGCUAAAGGGGACCAACAAAAAAGAUUCUAUUGUGACGACCAUCAAUAACCCAACAACGUUCACUGAACAGGGGAGGUUUUCCAUGAACGAACUGAAGAGAACCCCAUCAGUGGUUAGAUACACGCCUUUACCUAAUUCUUCCGAAUGGUUUCAAAAUAUGUUGCAAUCAAAAAUUGCUCCAAUUAUGGACACAACUCUGCAUAUCAAUAGCACCAGCCAGUUAACAAUAACGAUCCCGGAGACGGAAAUACUGCUCAACGAACAGCCAGCACCUCAACUGAGAAUCGUCAGUAACGACCACACCAACAUGGAAUGUUCCCCCAUCCACGAGUCCCUGGACGUGGACACAGAAAGGAACAGCAUUUGUGAUACAGCUUCGGUAGCUUCGGACUUGACUAGAAUGUGUGUAAGUGACGAAGACGAAAAAUGUCUGCUGCUUUUGGAGAAUACCGAAUCCAAAUAACCAAUAUGAAACUAGGGAAAAUUAUUCUGCUGGUCGGAAAAUUACCUUAAGUAAUUCAUGUUAAAAACAUUUUCUGUACUUUUUUACUAAUAGAUAGGUCGUGCUUUAUAAGUUGUCAAAUGUUUUGUGUCGCAUUCGUUGUAAUUAAUAUUCUUGGAUCAAUAUAAUGCGUAAUAAUUGUUCACGAACUGAGCAACAUUGAAGUGUUUUUGUUAUUCACACAAUACAGUCAUUUAAACACAAUACUCUUUGGAUUUGAUACAAUUCCAAACAAAUGAAACUGCCAUUGACAUAAAUCACUUUAAUUUUGAUCAGUUGCUUGGUUUAAUUGAUGGGCUAUAUAUUAUAAAAUAUAUAUUUUAUAAUAGAAUAAUAAUUAUAUUUUUAUUAGUAAUAAAAAUCAUGUUCAUAACUGUUUAUUUAUAUUUUGAUGUGAUUUAUGUUAUUGUACUUUGUUAGGAAAACGUAGAUAUUCUUUAAUUUAAAGAUUUGUUUGUAAAAUCUAAAUGUUUAAUUUUUAAGAAUUGGGUUCCCCACAUUGGGUUGUGUGUUUUUAAUUUAUGUAUGAUUUAGAUGUACGUGUAUAACAUAAUUUAAUGUUAUAGAUAUAUUAUCAUACUUUUUUAUACCAAAGAUAUUUUUAUAUAAUUUAUUAUACUUAAUUUAUAAGAUUGUUGUAUAUUUUGUAAAUUAUUUAUAGAAUAUAAACAUAUUAAAUAUUG